AUGGACCUACACGCGGCAGGAGAAGAACCUGUCAAGGGGACCAAGCCUCCAGAUCUCUUGAUGUCACCUGAACUACAACGUCGUAUCGAUAACUGGCGAUUGACCGGCGAGUCUCAAUUGCCGGAGUUACAAGUCCCUGACAGGAUAUAUUGGACCCGGUUUUCAACAAUCGAUCUGCGUCUUGUCCACCACAUCACGACACUAUCGACCGACAUGUACAACCGGGGAUACAGCCCAUGCACGGCUUGGGGCUCCAGAAUGCCUUCGCUCAUCUCGGCGGCUUUAGCACAUGACUUCGUUAUGAGUGCGUUGCUUGCACUGUCAGCAUCGCAUCUGGCGUGGCAGACGAAGAACGCAGACACGGAAAAUUUAGCGUACCACCAUAGAGGAGUCGCUCUCAAAGGUCUCCAUCAAGCAAUCGGAGCGUUCUCGAGGGAAAAUUCCGAAGCUAUCCUUGCUGCCUCGAUUCUUCUCUCGUGGCAAUCCACGGAAUGGCGCGGCUGGGCAUCACUACAAAAGGGAGUAUCGACGGUCUUGGGUGCGAUGAGGAUGUGGAUACAUGAAUCAGAGCUGGCAAGGUAUCUGGAGAGCCAGAGGUCUAUAGCAAGGGCAAUAACACCUGCCACCCCCACAAUGCCGCAUGGCCCGGUGUCGAUCCCUCAUGAAGACCUUCGCAGGAUAGAACAAAUUACCACGGCUCUUCAUAGUUUGAGACUGCGACUCUCGGCGAACGAAGAGCUUCAAGAACAUACGGGGCACUUAAUUGACUACCUGCAGGAACUACAACGAGACUUGCCAAUCCAAGCGCCAGACCACGUAUUCAGCCGAUUACAGCCACUGCGGGACAUGAUCUUCUGGCUGCCGUCCUUGAUCCUGCGCAGCACCGAGUCUGAUCUGGGCCCAUUAGCUUUGCUCUCGCAUCUUUACGCCAGCGCAAUUGCCGUUGAGCUAUUGUUGCCGGAUCUUGGUGGCGCCUAUCUGGGAAGCAUGUCCGUCGCACCACUGGAGAAGGUCCAUGACAUACUGGUGACACGGCGGGCGACCCAGCCCCAAGAUACAAACAUCCAAAUGGCGUUGUCUCUAAUGGAUGUGCCAAUACAAAUCAUGACUGCGUACGGACUGAGGCAGAGACAUAGCAGCCAAGGAAGCCAGGGCGUCGAAGGCUAUCACUAUUCUCCUCACGGGAGCCCCUAUCCGGGCCCUCGCAUGCCCAUUGCUACUUCCACCUCAGACACUCCCACGGCACCCAUCUAUCCCAACUCGCCCCUGCACGCGCCAGGCAGUCUGUCGAUACCCGGAUCGGCAUAUUUUCAAGCGGCUUUAGGGCCUGGAGAACCCCGGCGAGAAUCGUCGAUAUCAUCGGCAUCUUCGCUAGGACGUGCUCACUCGAUGAGUAGUGAUCACCGGAGUCUCGCGUCAAGCAGUCCACACGCAAUGGGUAUGGUGUAUGGAUCUCCGGCCACGCAACACCCGCGAAGCAGUCACGAGCUACCAGGGUCGAGAAUGGACUACUUUGGGCAGAUUCAAGCACCGUACCAUCAAUACGGCAGCAUGAACAUGAAUACUCGGUUCGUCGCUCCUUCACAACUCUGGACUUGA